GGGCUGAGGGGAGCCGGCCUGGAGCGGGCCGGGCCUGGCCGGAGCGGGCCACAGGUGGGUGCUGGGGCCGGAGUCGGAGCGGGCGGCGCGGCGCGGCGAGGUGAGGUGAGGUGCCUACGGAUGGGGCCGCCGGGCAGGGAUCGGCCCCGUAGCCCCGGGAGCUUCCUCUGCCCUUCUCUCGGUUCCCGGCGGCUGUCCCCGGUUCCGGACGGAAAAGCCGUGCGGUUCUGGGGCGUGAGGCGGCCCCCCGCGCGAGUGCGGAGAUUUUGUGUUCCCCUCAUGCUGGCUGCUCUCCCCGCCAUGGCUACUGGUGAAGAAAUGCCCCCUGCCCUGCAGGACUCCUGGGGGGACUUCUGGCUCUUCCGUUUCUUUAUUAAUGCUGCUGGCUACGCAAGUAUUGUAAUACCAGGAUUCCUCCUCAUCCAGUACUUCAAGAGAAGGAAUUACCUGGAGACAGGCCGAGGCAUUUGCUUUCCUGUCAUCAAAUCAUGUGUAUUUGGCUCUGAGGUGAAGUCUGUACAUCCAGAGGAUGGCUCCCUGCCACCCCGAGCAGAGCCUACAGAGUCCUCUACAGCCCGACAGGUCUUGAAGCUGCUCUUCUGUGCUGCUGGUCUACAGGUCUCCUACCUCACGUGGGGUGUUGUCCAGGAGCGCGUGAUGACAAGAACAUACGGUGCUACUGAAACGGACCCUGGUGAGAAGUUCAAGGACUCCCAGUUCCUAGUGUUUAUGAACCGCAUCCUGGCCUUCACUGUGGCUGGUCUGUACUGUGCCCUGACCAAGCAGCCACGCCAUGGGGCUGCUAUGUACAAGUACUCCUUUGCCUCCCUCUCCAACAUCCUCAGCAGCUGGUGCCAGUACGAGGCACUCAAAUACAUCAGCUUCCCCACCCAAGUGCUGGCCAAGGCUUCCAAAGUGAUCCCUGUAAUGAUGAUGGGUAAACUGGUGUCGCACAAGAGUUACGAAUACUGGGAGUACCUGACAGCUGCCCUCAUCUCCGUGGGAGUCAGCAUGUUCCUGCUCUCUAGUGCUCCCAACAGACACGUAUCCACUGUCACCACUUUCUCUGGUGUAGUCCUCCUGGCUGGCUACAUUGUCUUUGACAGCUUCACAUCCAACUGGCAGGAUGCCCUCUUCACCUACAAGAUGUCUCCCGUGCAGAUGAUGUUUGGUGUCAAUGUCUUCUCCUGCCUUUUCACGGUGGGCUCGCUCUUGGAGCAGGGUGCUUUGCUAGAAUCAGUACACUUCAUGGCUCGUCACUCGGAGUUCACAGCCCACGCAGUGCUGCUGUCAGUGUGCUCUGCCUGCGGCCAGCUCUUCAUCUUCUACACCAUCAACCAGUUUGGGGCAGCUGUCUUCACUAUCAUCAUGACUCUCCGCCAAGCCUUUGCCAUUCUCCUCUCUUGCCUCAUCUACGGGCACACCGUCACUGUUGUUGGUGGCCUUGGCAUAGCUGUCGUCUUUAUGGCACUCUUCCUCCGCGUCUAUGCCCGCAGCCGCAUGAAGAAGCGCAGCAAGAAACUACCACCAGGGGAGACCCCUGUACAAAAAGUCUAAGGAGCUGAGGCCAGGGCCUCUGAGCUGUGCCUGCUGUCCUGCCUCUGCUUGGGGGCGCUUGCUUGAUCUGUCAGAACCCACUGAGGAGCCAGGUGGGGUAUGGUUAGGCUGGACAAGUGACUCACUUUUCCACCUGCUUUUCCUGGGGAAGGGGCUGCAACAAGCCCAGGGAAUGCUCUGGGUUGCCACAGCUCCAAACCUUUCUAUUUGCCUUAAUAGGUCAGAGACUUCCAGCCAAGACACAGGCCUAGAGGCUUGCAGCUGCAGGGGUAAACCAGCGUGGGGCUGCUGGUGCUCCUGCCCCAUCUGUGUCAUGGUUUCUCUCUAAGGUCAUUGAUUGAACAAGGGAGCUCUUUUCCGUGGCAUCAUCUUGCCUCCAGCUUACGCGCCUCCAUGUCUGUCGCUACUAGAGAGCUCAGCAGGAGGAGUGGGCAGGAAAAACACUAGCUCUGUCUUUGAAAUGCCUCUGUAUGAGGCGAAGUUCUGAGCUGAGCCUGGGGGAAGUAGGACGGAAAAUCCCAGCCCCUCCAGCCUCAGACUUCCUUCCCAGGAGGUGCUCCAGGUAGGACAGGCACAGCUCAGAGAGGACCUGUCCUACCGCAGGCCUGGGAUCUGCUCUGGGAGGGCAUGCUGGAAUCCCAGUUUGGUUUGUCAGUCCCUCACCCCAGCUCUAAGGCAAUUUUCUUUGCUCCUCCUAGCCCAGGCAGAUUUUUAUGCAGAGACAGGCUGGCUGAUGCAUUUCCCAAGGCUUGCUGAGUUAUUCUAGGUUGCUUUUCAGUUACAUCCGCUGCUGUUUCAGGCCAAGGGCUGCAGUGCCCAGAAUCUCCAGCAUCACCUCAGGGUGCCACAGUUUCUGGACUCCGUAGCUGCCAUUCAGAGAAGCACAAAUACCUGCUUUUUUUUUUUUUUUUUUUUUUUUUUUUUUCCUGCCAACUGGAGGUAUCAGCCCCAGCUUUCCUGGGGCCUUACCAGAGCCCCGCAGUGCCUGGAGGUCUGUGGGAGGGGACAGAGCCCUCUGUCAUGCUUCAUCCUCUCUCUACAGGCAGCAGAGGAUGGAGGAGCAGGUGCCUGCCCCCAGGCAGCAGGGGAUGGGGCAGUGGAGGCUGCUCCCACUGCUCUUCCCCAAAGCCUGGGUUUUACCCAUUAACCCUUUUCUCCCCAUCACAACCUGACUGACAAGUCAGCAGUUUUGGUACUUUUGAAAAGCAACAUUUUUCUUCUUUUUAUUUUAUUAAAUUAAAAAUAUGCUGCAUAUAGUA